AUGGCGGUAGCUUUUCGCUUUACACGACAGCUUUCACAAACAGCAGGGUCACUUAUGGCCUCUUGUAGAAGAAACCUGGGUAUGGCAUCUGUCUUAAUGGCAAAAGCGGACAAGAAUGUUGAUCCCAUACAGAAACUGUUCGUGGAGAAGUUACAAGAGUACAAAAAGAAGAGCGCAGCCUCAGGGGACGAAUUGGUCGACUUCACACCCGACAAGAAAGCUAAAAUGGAGGUAGAGAUGGAUCAGAUACGAAAGCGAUUUGGCGGAGGAAAUCUGGAGGAGUUUCCAAAGUUUGACUUUGAUGAAGCCAGCGCAUAA